CUCCGUCAUAGACUGGUCUACCUGAUGAAACAAAAUGGCUCCAAAAGGGAAAACAAGUCAACGUGAGGACUUGAAACAAGAAGAUAUUUUACAAGCUGUUGUAAUCGCUGACAGUUUCAAUGUUCGGUUUGGACCAGUCACACAGAGACGUCCACGGACUCUCCUGCCGCUGGUGAAUGUCCCACUGCUGGACUACACACUGGAGUUCCUGUAUGCAGCAGGAGUCCAGGAGGUGUUUGUGUUCUGCUGCCAUCUGGCUGACCAGAUCAGGACACACAUCAAAAAUUCCAAAUGGAAUGAUAGUUCAUCGCCAAUGCAGGUCAGCCCGAUACUGUCAGAUGGAUGCAUGUCAGUUGGAGAUGCUCUGCGAGAGAUCGACAGCAAGUCCCUUGUCAGAAGUGACUUCAUCCUCGUUUCAGGAGAUAUCGUCGCCAACAUCAACUUGAAGAAAAUACUAGAAGAGCACAAGAAACGACGAGAGAAGGACAAGUCAAGUGUGAUGACGCUGGUGUGCAAGAAGGCCCCACCGGGACACCGUACACGCUGCAGCGAGGACGAAAUCCUUGUUGCAGUGGAGAGUGACACAAACAGGGUUCUGCAUUAUCAAAAGGCAUACCAGCAAAACAAGUUUCAUAUACCAGUGAGCGUGUUUGUGGAGCACACAGAUGUGGACGUGAGGUAUGACAUGCUAGAUUCGCAGGUGUGCAUCUGUACGCCCCUCGUACCACAACUCUACACGGACAACUUCGACUACCAAUCUCGCGAUGACUUUGUCCGUGGAAUUCUCAUAAGUGAAGAGAUUCUUGGAAACACAAUACACUUGGCUGUUGUGAGGGAUGAGUAUGCUGCCAGAAUAUCCAACCUGCAGAUGUACGAUGCAGUAAGCCAUGAUGUGAUGAGUCGGUGGACAUAUCCCCUGGUGCCCGAUGGCUACAUGACGUCCCUGGAACGUGACGUCAUGUCAUAUGGAAGACACAACGUGUAUCUCAGUAAAGACAUCACAUUAGCCAGAGGUUGUGUCCUGGCCGAGAAUGUUGUGAUCGGAAGCGGAACGUCAGUUGGGAAUAACACACACAUAAGCAACUCGGUUAUAGGGAAAAACUGUCAGAUAGGUGAGAAUGUGAAGAUAGUGGGUAGUUACCUGUGGGAUGGUGUGGUGGUGGAAGACAACUGUGUCAUCGAGACGGCUCUCCUCUGUAGCGACGUCAAGGUCCACAAAGAAGUCAUCAUUCCUCCAGGGGCGGUCCUAGCGUGGGAGGUGAAAGUUGGACCUUCCCUGACUCUACCAGCUGGUUGUCAGCUGAUCAGUAAGCCGCAGGUGGAUGAAUUUGCUGAUGAAGACGAGACUCCCCCAGAACCUGAUGUGACACCAGAGUUCGGCAGUCAGAGCAAAGCGUUUGUGUACCGAGCAAGCUGUGAAUCGGAUGACGAGGAUGAGGAUUUGGUCCAGGACAUGUGGGGACUGACCAUCCAGUCGGAGGAGGAGGACGAUGACAUCAGCAGCAUCGACAGCGACGCCACGGACCAGGAUGACAUUUCUCCAUCAGGCAGCCCUAUACCGGACGACGCUGGAAAUUUCUACUCCGAAGUGAUCGACACUCUGAUACGAGCCAAGGAAGAUAACAUCAUCACAGACAACAUUAUCCUGGAGAUAAAUUCACUAAAACAUGCCUACAACAUCGCCAUCAAUGACGUGAAUCAGUUGGUGAUGAAGGCACUGCUGUCCCUGCCCCUGCAGAACAGCGAGGCUGCUGAUGUCGUCCAGGUGAUGAAGAUACUUCGACCGUAUUUGUCCAAACACAGUGCCCUUAUCAAAAACUACAUCAAAUGUGCGGAAGCUCAGUUUGACUGUUUGCAAGCUGUGGAGGAGCUGUGCGAGUCUAACAGCGCUGUGUCGUGUGCUGUGGUCAAGCUGCUGCACUUCCUGUACGACCAGGAGAUCCUGGACGAGCAGGUCCUCAUCAAGUGGCACAAAGCUGACCCCGAACCUGAUGCUGAUCUUGAUGCUCACAAGGACAUCAGAAAGAAGGUUGCCCCUCUGAUCACAUGGCUUCAGGAGGCAGAGGAAGAAUCAUCAGAAGAAGACUGAACAGCUCAGCAGACCAAUACAGUCGACCUUCAUGUACCUUGUCACUGUGUGGCUUGACAACCUGUGGUCAAGCCAGAUGACAGGCUCCUUUUCUUGGACAUAAAACCAAUGUUUCUCAACAUCUGCUGUGAUAAUAAAUCCUGUCAUGUUUAAAA